GUGGCAGCAGUCGGAGAUGGUGAAAAUGUCACCGCGCAUGCCCGACUAAACAAACAUGGCGGCACGUUACGUGACAGCAGUCGGGACGGCACUGAAAGGUGUGCACCUUGUUUCCGGCCAAACCCCGACAGUGUGUCGGUGUUUGCGGCUGCAUGCUGCUCAGUGUCGGCCGCUACAUGUCUCCCCUGGUGCCUCCCUGUGCAGCUCACGGACCGGUCCCCAGAGGAGCAGCCAGCCCCACAGCACAGCCGGCAGCCACACACAAGAUGAGAGGGCCGAGGAGGACGAGGGUCCUGAAUACAUCCCCAAGAAAAAGGGGAAGAACCCCAUGAUGGGGAUUGGCUAUGCCUGGAUGAUAGGCCUACCCACUGGAAUCAUCGGCUUCCUCCUGGCCAAGAGAGAAGUGGACAAGAACCGACUGAAACAGCUGAAAGUUCGCCAGAGGAUGAAAAGGUCAAACGAGGGAGAAUAUGAAGGCAGUCGCUACCGCCAUAAUGCAGAGGAUGUCAAACUGGAACAAUGAUGUACAUAUAUGGCUGCAAUGAUUUCUACCAUAUCCUGAAUGUCACUCCACUGCACUACAGCCCAAAGACUGAUUACAGAAGAGAACUCUGAAAACCCUCUGAGACUAUUUCUUCUAGAGGCAGAUGCAGGAACGUGCUUUUGACCGAGCCUUUAAUCAGGACAGCCUUUUUGUUGUUGCUUAUUAGAUUGAUCUUACUUAUGAACAAAGAUGCGUGCUUAGGUUGACCACUUCAUUUAAUCUAAGGAAUUACGCCAUUUAUUAGCCUAAAUGCAGAUGUUCUAUAAAUAUGAAAAUAAAAGUAUAUUUAUAAAUGUGUGAAUACAAAAAACAAAGUAUCACCCAUGGUACAACUACAUAUGAAAUACAAAUGUUUAUUUAAUAUGAAAAGGCAAACUGACCAUCUGUGCUGUACAUAUUAAAAUGUCUGCCUUA